AUGGCUCCGUCAAUGCCCAAUUUUCGUAUAAAUAUCAAUCGUUUUAUUAAUGAUUCUUUAUUAUUUCAAUAUUUAAUAAUAUUAUUUGGAGUAUUUAAUUUAUCGCUGUGUCUCUACGAGGAUCAAGUUGGAAAAUUUGAUUGGAGACAAAAUUAUGUUGGAGAAAUUAAAUUUUCAAGUUUUGACACUGUUUCUGCAGCGGCUAAAUUAAUUGUUGCUACUGAGGAAAAUGUUGUUGCUGCGUUGAAUUUAAAAUCAGGUCAAAUAUUAUGGAGAAGAGUAUUAGAACGUGGAUAUGCGGGUAAAAUCCAUGCAUUAGGUGGAAUAUCCGAUGGAGAAUUAAUAUCCGUAAGCGGUGGAGUGCCCGUUAUCGUACGUGUUUGGGAUUUAGCCACUGGACAUAUUUUAAAUGAGUGGCCUUUAGCUGAACAAAAUCCUGAAAGACUAGAUACUCCAUUCAUAUCAUUUUCUACAUUUGGAUUAUACUCAACUGAAAGAUUAGAAGAUGUCAAAUGGCACUUAAAAGAUGGCACAUUGCAUCACAUUCUACCGAUUUACAGCAGUGGUGUUGAAGUUACUUCAUACGACAGCAAGACUGGUGAAAAAUUAGACACACGAAAAGUUUCUGCGCCGUUUAUAACGCCGGAGACUGAAUGUAUUUUAGCAGCACCUUAUCUAGGAUGCCUUAAAGGCAAUACCUUUGAUGAUUCUCUAGCCAUACUAUUUCUAGUCCACUUAUUUGAUAAUAAUUCACAACCACAGUCUAUAACAAUAAAUAAUAUAUUCGGAGCUGGUGCAAAGGGCCCAUUUCAUGUUAAAUCAAUACCUGGUGAUGAAUCAGUUUUGACAAUAAUUGCUGAUGGUGAUAAUAGACAACGUAUAUUAAUACCUGGCAAUCCAGCAAAUACUAUUCCUAGAGAUAUUCCUGCAAAUGCGAACUUGUAUGUUACAACUAUUGAUAAUGAAAAAGUCUUACUUGAGACGACGUACAAAAAUGGGGUAACAGAAAUAAAAGCUGUUAAAUUAUUAACAUCAGAACUUCUCGAAGAUUAUUCGGCAACUACGUCACAUGAAUCAUUAUUCUCACCAAUCAUAAAAGCAUCUGUUUGCCCAAAAUUAAGUAAAGGAAUAAUGUGCAGACAUCUGUUGUCAUCUGAAGAUCACAGUGUUGCAUUAUUGCAGCACAAUAAAUUAAUAUGGACACGUGAAGAAGCUCUGGCUAGUAUAAUAACCGUUGAAAUGGUUGAACUACCAAUGUCUGAUCGUGACCAAACGCUUGAAACAGAGUUCGAUCAAAAAGAAAGGGACGUUAUUGGAAUGUUUACAAGAAGACUGACGGCUCAGAUGAAUCAGGUGAGAUCAUUAUUCCAAACAACUUUUGACAUCAAUUUACCGCAAUCGAAUCAACGAGCUGAUCUUGUCAGAGAUAAAUUUGGAUUACACAAAAUGAUCGUUGUUGUAACAUCUGCUGGAAAGUUAUUUGGAAUUGAGUCAAAGAAAGGUGAAGUUAUAUGGCAGCUAAGAGUAAAUGAUAUAACUAGUCUUAAAAGUGAUGCGAAUACCAUGCUCCUGUUUGUCCAAAGAGGAAGUCGGCAUUUCCCGCACCCUCCACAGUGUGCGUUGUUAGCUUUAGAUAAGAAAUCAGGAGAAGGUGUAAUAUAUACAUUUAACCCAAUAACGGGUCAGCCAAUCGAUGGAUUAGUUAAAUUAGGAUAUAAAUUAAAACAGUCAAUGUUAUUGCAUAUAACGACGGAUGAUUUUCUUCGUCCAAUAUUACUUCUUGAUACACGUGAUAAAGUUCACGUAUUUCCAGAAAAUGCAACGGCUGUGGCAGCUUCUGUUGGAAAAAAUACAUAUUUAUUUACGGGUGAUCAAGAGACUGGUGUAUUAUCAGGAUUUUCUCUUGCAUACAGUACUUCAAAGGAAUUAGUUGCUCAUAAAGUAUGGGAGUUGGUACUGUCACCGAAAAAUCAAAAAAUAACUCAUAUCGUCUCGAAAAAUUCUCUUGAGCACGUUCACUCACAAGGUCGUGUUCUGGGAGAUCGAUCAGUAUUGUACAAGUACAUUAAUCCAAAUUUAGUUGCUAUUUUAACUCAAGGUGUUGGUAAUUCGUAUAAAAAUACACUUAAUUUGUAUCUUCUGGAUGUAGUGUCCGGUGCAAUGAUAUUUUCAAUAACUCACAAACGAGUGCGUGGACCAUUUCAUAUAGUACAUUCUGAAAACUGGCUAAUUUAUAGUUACUAUAAUGAUAAAAGCCGUAGAAUUGAAAUCGCAACAUUAGAGCUUUACGAGGGUAAAGUUCAAAGCAAUACCACAGUGUUCUCGUCGUUGACCACAACGCGAUUACCUUUAGUCGAAAGACAAGCAUUUAUCUUUCCUGCAACUAUUGAGUCAAUGCAGGAAACUAUUACUGAGAAAGGAAUCACUAGUAAACACAUACUAGUAUCUCUUGCUAAUGGUGGAAUUUUGGAGUUACCGUGGAUGUUGGUUGAUCCAAGGCGGCCUAUUAAUCCCGAAUUAAGGGAAGAAGGUGUUAUACCUUAUAUGCCAGAGAUACCAAUCCACAUGGAUGCCAUUAUUAAUUAUAACCAAAGUGUAUUCAGGGUAUCAGGAAUUCAUACAAGUCCCAGUGGCCUUGAAAGUACUUCUUUAGUGUUUGCUCACGGUAUUGAUUUAUUUUAUACCCGUGUGGCUCCAUCAAAAACAUUUGACGUUUUGAAAGAAGACUUUGACUACUAUCUUAUCAUAUUAGUUCUUUCGGGGCUGUUAAUAGCGUCUUACAUAACUAAAAAAUUGGCAUCGCAAAAAGCACAGAAGCAAGCGUGGAAAUAA